ACGAUUUGUCAUUCGUUUCGUGUCUUUAUAGUUCUCAUUUUAUGAGAAUUUGAUGAAAAUGAAUUGAAGUAAACUGAACUACAUAUAUACUAAUUCCAUAUUUUACAAGUAAUAUUAUACUUCACUUUCAGUCAUCACAGGCGACUGUGAAACUGACUGGUUUUAUGAUAAGGAUACGUUGCAAGUUUCAAUUAUUUGUGGGCCCGUAUUAAAACCUCAAAAGAUGCAGCUAACAUCCGAUCCAAGACGUGCUGACCGGGAACGUCGCUUCAAACCUCCACCACCAACGUCAGCACCAGCUGAAGAUCUUACCACUGAUUACAUGAAUAUCUUAGGUAUGGUGUUCUCGAUGUGCGGACUCAUGAUGCGUCUUAAAUGGUGCGCAUGGACUGCUGUCUUCUGUUCCAGUAUUAGUUUUGCUAAUUCCAGAGUCUCGGAUGAUACUAAACAGAUCGUGAGUUCCUUCAUGCUGUCGAUAUCUGCUGUUGUCAUGUCAUACCUACAAAAUCCUGCACCAAUGUCACCUCCAUGGGCUGCCCUUACAACAUAAUGUUUUUAAAUGUUUUAAAUAAUAAUUAUAUUAUACAUGUUUCAAACAAAAUUACAUCAAA